AUGGUCAUAAGAGAGCAGAGUAUAUGGAUGAGAUCAUCAAAGACAGGUGCCAUCGUGGAAGAUACGGCGGAAGUUACAGUUCGAGCACUAGCCGUGAGACAUAAAAGAUUAUUCAUUAUCAGUCGGCACGCCAACUCGUUCGCCGAAGUAGAAGUCGGGGUUCAAAGUAGAAGCGGCUUGGUAGCCCUCGAAGUAGAAGCCAUAGUAGGUGACCUCGAAGCAGAAGUUGACUUAAGUAGAACGAAUUUUUGCUGCUUUACUAGAAAAAUUAAAGAAAUUUUAAGAACGGCUGCAGAUAAAAAAUCUAUCGAUGUUCCUUCUAAACAAAAAAGUAAGGAAGAACCAUUUUUUUCAGAUGAGAACAUAGAUGAUGACAAGGUUGGGUUAGGCUUAGAAGAAGUAGGAGAGGAAGUAGAUGAUAUAUUUUCCAAGUCAAUAAUCUGGUCUGUCAAUGAUUCAAUAGAAACUGUUUUCAAAGAAGGUCUUCAGAGUGGAAAAAGACAGAGAGAGUUCCAAGCUGGCAGUAACCCUUCUCCUCCCAGACCUAAACCUUUACCAAAACCAAUUCAAGGGUCAGGUAAAACUGAAGUAGGUUAUUGCAAUGAUUGGGAAAUUAAAACUGAUCUUGAAGAUCCCUCAAAAUCCAUACAGAAACUUGAUAGUAACUCCUCUCCACCUAAAUCUCUGUCUUUAACAAAAUCAACACAGGGACCAGAUAAUGCUGAUAUAGGUUAUCAUGGUGACUGGGAAUUGAAAACUGCUCUUCAUGAUGCCUCCAAAUCUGUUCAGAAACAGAUGCAAUUUCCAAUGGCUCCACCAAAGCUUGCAACUAGUGGGAGCAAAUCAAAUAAUUCAUCUCUCUGGACUCCAGCUCUUGAUCGUCAACAGGUACAAGAAUCUAAGCUGAAAAUGAGUUCCCAGAACCGAUCAAGUGACUGGGAAGUAGAAACGCCUUAUGUUGGAAGAAAAGACAAAAUUGAAGGCCUUCAAGAUGAUGCAGUAUCAGGACGAGAAGCAAAAAGACCAGCCAAAAUUAUGCCUCUUUCUGAAUCAGAGCCUGUGCUAGCCUAUGAAAAUGCUCACCUAAAAGACAGAAAGCAAGAAGAAAAUGUAGAAAAAGCAUCUCAGUCAAAGACUAUGCUUUUCCCAAGUGGACAAUCUGUAUCUGUAAGUGCCUCUGCAACAGUACCACAGACAAAGAGUCAUGUAAUUAUGUCAGGUGUUAGCACUUCUUCAGCCUCAAGUACUUAUGGAGUAUCUACUCUAAGCACACCUUUGACCCAGUCGGCUGAUCAUAUAAGAGAGUAUACAAAGACUAAAUCAUCAUUUUCCUCUCCUGAAGGAAGUAGAGGAGCAGGGGGGUCAGGAGGAGGAGGAAGACCCUCUCAAAAAGCAAUGGUUGAACAUAAAGUUAAAAAGUCAUCAGAAAGUCCAAAAAGAUCCAAACAUAAAAGACACAAAGAAAGGAAGAACAAACGUAAGAGAAACUCUUCAGAAUCUGAAUCUCGGUCAGAUAUGAGUGAUCACGACAAAAGGAAGGCUGAAAAAAAAUCACCAGAAAUUAUAAAAGAAAAGAAUGAUGUAGAGAUGCUCCUUUCAAAGAGAGAAUCUCUCAUCAAAAGAGUGAAAAUGCUGUUGGAACAAAAGGAUAUGAUGAGUGAGCAACGUGAUGACAUCAUUAAAAAUCAUAAAGGAAGCCGAGAAAGUCUUUCAAAUCUUUUGGAAGAGAACUCCUUUCUUAUGACUGAAAUUGGAAAGCAGAUUUAUAAAAUAAAAGAUAUGGUUCAUAAAGUCAACCAAGAAAUUGAAGCUGAACGAGUAGAUAUUAAGCAGAAGCAUAAUUCAGUAUCAAGAGAGAGAUCUGAAAGUCCUUAUCAUUCAAGGGAAAGAAAAAGGAAGCUAGGGCAUUCACCAGAAAGAGAAAAGCAUAGUAUAACAUAUUCUCCAGAGAGGUCAAUAGAACAUAGUCGCAAAUAUUCAAGGUCACCUGCUCCAAAAUUACCUAAACAAAAUAAAUCAAAAUCACCAAUUCCAAGUUUAUCAAGGGAAAGCAAAAGACACUUGUCAACUCCAGAAGCUGAGAGAAGUCAGACUAUUGUGAAAAAACACCAAGCAAAUAUUGAGACAGAUAAAAAACAGGCAAGUCUUCAAGGAAAAGGCAGACAAGAUUCUGUUAAAGAAGAGAUGGAUGAAGCAUUGCAGUAUGCCCCACUUGCCACGCAAAGGACUUAUCUUCGGUACAUGGACCAAGGCAUGCACUGGUGUAAACUGUGCAGCAUAUUUUGUGAAACUGUUCCAGAAUAUGUUAGCCAUUUAAUGGCACCAACUCACUUGGCAAGAGUUAAGAAUGACCGCAAGUCAUGGUUGGCCAAAGCUCCCAAAGAAGAAAAAGAACCUAAACCUCCCAAUGCCCAAGUUCUGACUGUACCUUUGCAGGGCAUGGAGUUUCUUCAUUCGUUACCAGCAUACUAUUGCUCCUUGUGUGACAUUUUUAUGAGAAACAAAGGUGAAGCAGUGAGACACCCUGAGUGCAAGAUCCAUGUUUCCAACUACAAAGUACAUAGAGCAAAGAAUCCUAUGUAUGAAUCAACUUUCUUAAAGGCAAAAACUGCAGCAUAUGCAAAAUACAGCAUAGAAGAGGAACGGAAGCUUCUUGAGGGGCAGCUGAAUUUAAAAGAGAAGCAUGCUUCUCUGGUAUUAGAAGAAAAAUUAAUGAAGCAGAUAAAAGAAAAGAGAGAGAAAGACAAGUCUGGUAAGGAAAGUAGAGAAGAGAAAACGGUGACAGACGCUAAUGAUGAUAAGAACGACUGUGGCAGCAUCAGAGUUGCCUCACGAGGACCAGGACGUCCAAUUGACACAAAAUUUGAUCAUCACAAGCAUAGUGACAAUUUGAAAAAACACAAGGAUGAUCAUUGGCCUCCUUUGCCAGAUGAUUUUACCCCAAAAAGUAAAUUGAAGGAUGACAUACCAAGGAGAGGAGAGUCACAGAAAAAUGAAAGUACUCAUUCUCAUCGUGAAAAGGAGAAAAGAGAUAAUGCUGAACACGAAUUACUUACAAAUUCAGGAGACACUUCUAGAGAUAAAGAGGAUGAAAAGAAGUCUGUAGCUCCAAAACUCCCUCUGAUUGGAAAAAUGCCAUUUCUGAAGAAAAGGCCAUUAUCAAAGAGCAAAGAGCAACAGAAGGCAACAUGUGUUAAGCAAGAAAUGUCUGUACAUGAUUUGUUGGCAGAAGAGGCUAAAACUAUAACAAACUUAAAAAGGCAUUUGUAUAAUUUGGAAACUAAAGCUGAAACUAAGGUAGAGAAAAUGGGAGAAACAAAUUCUAUAUUGGGUUGUCAGAAAAAAGAAAUUAAGAUACAAGAAACACAAGAAAAAUUACCUGUGGCUCCAGACAAUGAAGACUUAACAGCAGAAGUUAGUAUGUCAGUGCCGCAUGAUAUCAAGGAUAUCUCAACUGAACCGGAGAGCUCUCCUAAGGAGCAGAUCACUGAAUUCUAUAAUGUCGACGAUGAGGAUAGUAGUGACUCUGAUGAUUUCAAAAUGUAUGGUUCUCUGGAGACAGGAAAUGAGGAAUAUUCUGAAUGUGCUGCUGCUGCUACACUCCAUGCUUUAGAUCUUUUAAGCAUCCCAUUACCAGGCUUAAAACCAGUUGUUGACACUGUCCCACCAUCCGAUAUUCUCUUACCACCUGGAACAGAACAUGAGCCUCAAAGUCAAGAAAGUUUCAGCUUGUCUUUGCCACAUGCAGCAGAUGAUGAUCCUUCUGAAAGCAAAUCAUUUAUUUCAGUGGCAGAAAAAUCCCAGUCUAUAAUAACAACCUCUAAACAAGGUGUACUAGAUCAUAAUUCAGGAGCUUGGACCACUGUUAGCAGUAGUAAAGAAAGUCAACAAAAUUCAGCCUCUGGAAAUGUAGAAAAAUUAGAGAUACUGUUUCCAUCUGGAGUUGAAAAUUUAACACACAUUCAAGCAAGUGGGGACAUUCCCCCUCCACCAGGAACAGAAAAUGUUGGCCCAGAUUACCUCUUAGGGUGUGAAAAUGAUGCAGUUGUUCCCCCAACCAUGAUGAUACCAAUCUUUGAACCAGGGUUUCAAGAACUUAGCUCAGGGGCAUGCAGUGUUGGUAGCAACAGUCAAGAAGAUUUUGGGAUGUCAUUUCCUAUUAGGAGGGACCCAACUCCUGAAAUUCCUCUUCCACCUGGAACAGAAGAUGAACAUUGCAUUCAAGAUAUAUCUUGCCUUCCUCCACCAUCAGGAGUAGCAGAAAAUAUUUCACUGCAAAGUGAUUUGGAUAACCAAGGAGUUAUUUCACAACCUUUUAUUCAGAAACACAGUUCAGGAACAUGUAGUUCCAAUAGUAAUAGUCUAGAUGAGUUCCCUAUUUCACUUUCAAAUCCAGAUAUGACUAGUGCAACAUUACCAUUAAGUAUGGGUCAUCCACAGUGGCCAACAUUACAGCCACCCAUACCCACAGCAGUUACAGUUGCUACUGAUUUUACACACUGGAGCUCAUUGCAUCUUGCAGAGAGAGAGAAAACUCCUCCUCCUCCUGGUACAGAAAAUAUGAUUAUAAACGAAUUAGAUGAUGUACCUGCUGAACUUGGUGAAGCCAGUAUGGAAUUAAGUGAAGACAGUGAGAGUGAUGGUCAGCCUGAAGAGAGAGAAAUAACACCACCACCACCUGGAACAGAGUCAGGUUCUGAAUCUGCAGGUAUAAACAGCACUCUUUGCAAAAACGUGACUAAUUCCAAACAUGGUCCAUUAAUUUCAGAACUAGAGAGUAAAGCAAAAACAAAUGACCAAGAUUCUUCAAAAGAUAUUAGAAAGGCUUCUCCUCUGUUUGAUAAUAGCAAAGAAAACCCUUUUCUUGAAAAAGGAGAAAAAUUUCUAGAACUCCCGUCUCAAUUAAAACUGGAAAAAGAAAAGUUUGUGCUCCCUGAAGAGAUUGCUUCUAAAGUGAUGUGCAGCAAUUCAUCCACUUCUCUAGAUACUGUUUCCAAUUUUCCUGCCAGAGAGCAUUCUUUGUUACUCUCUGAAACAAACAAGGGACCUGAUUCAAAAGUGCAAAUAUCUUCUAAUGUUAAAAUAUCACUGUAUGAUUCUGAUUCAAAUAUCUACCCAGUAAAUGAUGACACUGUAAGCUCAGAUGGACAGUGUAAAAACCUGAACUAUGUACCAAAAGGUAGUGAUAAGGCCAAAAGUUUAGAAAUACCUGAAUUUUCUCCAGGAAAGUUAUCUUCAAUUUGUGCAAGUAAUGAAUUUGCUGAGUUGGAGCCUAAUGACAGUUUAGAAGUGGGAAUGAACUUUGAGACAAAGGAUGACACAAAUGAAUCUAUACAUUCAAGGGGAAAAAUUCAUACUCAGAAAACAGAUAUUAAAAGCCUAGUACAAACAAAGCCUUCUAAAAUCAGUGAUGAAAAUACCAGACUACAUACUACCGAUAUCUUGUCACAAAAUAUAAUUAAAAAGACUGAAGGAUAUUCAGUUGAUGACAGAUUAGACUCGUAUAAUGAAUUAGAAUAUGAAAAAUAUUUGCAAGCUGUAUUUCCUGACGCACAGUGUAUGGAAGAAAGCUGUAAUUCGAAGGUUAAGCAAAAAAAAAUUAUUGAAGGAAGUCCUCCUCAAUUAGACAUACUAGUGAAUAAGUCGCCAAUUGAAAUAGCAGAAACUGACCAUUCAGUACCCUGUGAAAGUCAAAUAGAAAUUGCUAAAGCUGAAUCUAAAAACAAAUCAAAAAGUUUGAAAAGUGAAAAAUUGGAAGUUUGUGGAAAGGAGGAAGUCAUGCACAAUCAGCUCCUUCAAGGUUUUGCUACAAAACUUGAAGUAUCUACAGUAGGUGAUCUAGAAGAAUCUCGUGUAGAUGAACACGAAAUGCAUGAGGAUGCAUCCAGUGACACCAAACCGGACAAACAAAUUGGACAGCAGUCAGUUACAGAUGAAGCUGCUACUGCAGAAAAAGUGGAAUACAGAAAAGAAUUUCCUUCUCCCUUAAUAUUUGAAAUUCCUGCUUCAGAGGAAAACUCAGAACUAAAGCAAUCAGAAAUAAUUGAAAUAAAUACUAUAGGUGAUGAUUCUGAUAAAGAAAUAGUUAUUGAAGAACAAAGAGUGAAAUUUUCUGAAACUGGAAAAAUCUCAAGAAUGAAGAAAACUACAGAUGAGCACCCAUUCAUUGUGAAAAAGCCUACUUCAAGAAGAGCACGUAAAGGUACAGAGAGAGCAGUGAUUCAAGAGGAGGAAUGCAAUGUAGAAAAAGUGAGUUUACACAGAUCAGCUAGAGCUACCAAAUCUACUGUACUUAAAGAGAAGGACGAAUGCUGCAGUGAAAUAACCCCAGAAUAUGAAAUGUUGGUAUGUGAAGAAAAUGUGAAAAGCAAGGAAUGUUUUACUGCAUCUAGCAGUAAGGAGGUAACUGAACCAUCAAAAACUAGAGAAUUGGCGGAUAAAGAAGAAAGGCACUCUAUCUCAAGAAAGACAACUCGUUCUAAGAAAGAAAAAUGUAAUAAGAAAAGGGAGGAAAACAUAUGUAAAGAAAAAAUAAUGACUGUUAAAAAAAUUAAACCAACAUCUGGCAAGAAUCGUGCUUCUUGCAAAGAAAUGAAAGUAAAUAGUCCUUCCCGGUCUACCCGCAGUAGUAAAAAGGCGGCAGCGGCAGCUGCAGCUGCUGCUGCUGCUGCUGCUGCUGCCAUGUUAGCACAAGCACAGGUAUCUCCUGUCUCCUUGCCUUCAGAAGAGACAUCUGGGGAUGAGCCAGAGUGAAUUUUAAAUUAUGACACUAUAAAAAUUUCAAGAGCAUUGAGAAAAUAGUCAUAAAUUUACAAGGUGAAUUUCCAGGCAUUCUAAAUAUAAGUUAAAAAUUUUGUCUUUAAUAUUCUUUUAAUGUUUCC